AGUUGAUAGUAUUCUAUGAACGAAGACAUUUCCAUCGAUGUUUACUGAGUGGCGUAAGUAACACCGUAUUCCAGACGCCACCAGUGUGGCAUGGUUGCCCGACUUACGCAAUGUAGGCAGAUUUACCAACUCAUACAGCACAGAAGCUACCGUGAAACGUCAUUGGCAGCGCCGGAGGCCACAUUAUCUCAGUAGACGGAGCAGUGCGCCGGCGGCCGGCCGCUCACCAUGCCGCUCAGCUGUCCGAGGGUCGUUCUGCUGACCAUUCUGGUCGCCCUCUCAGCCGCCUUUGAGUUUGUACCGAGUCCCGGUCAGUGUGGAGACGCCCGGCAGCGGUGUGUGCCCAUCAGAGAGUGUGCCGCCUUCCGGACCCGUGAGCAUGUGCUACGGCGGCGACCGGUCGUCUGUGGCUUCUCAGAGCACGGAGUCGAGGUGUGCUGCGAUUUCAACUGGGCUGCCGCCCCAGGAGCCAGCGUUCAGACCACGGAAGGUCCGCUAGCGGUCAGUGAUGCUCCUCUAACCGUCACUGACGGCCCUUCUGCAGUCACCCCAACAGCGCCUCCUCUUCCAGAACGCUGCGGAGAGCCGAGAACGGUGAGGGACGACGAACAUCCGACACUUCCCAAAACGGACCGGGGAUUUAUAAUGCGCCAACGACGCGCCGUAUUACCCCCGCAGCAUGAUCUUUCCCACCCGGAAAUUGGCGACCAAAUCGAGCCGGACGUGGUGGGCGGUCGUGACGUGGAGUUGGUGACCGAGCCUCCAUCGCUGCUGGGCGGGCCCCGCGAGGCGGGCCACCGGUGGCCGUGGAUGGUGCUGUUCGGUCGCUGGACAGACGCCGGUCUGGGCGACUGGUUCUGCGGCGGCACCCUCAUCACCGACCGCCACGUGCUCACGGCCGCCCACUGCCUGCGACCCGAGGAGGCCAGCACCGUGGGCGCGCGCAUCGCCGACCACGACCUGACGCUGCCGGACGAGGUGCAGCACCAGCAGCGGAACGUCUCCGGCAUCGUACGCCACCCGCGCUACCUGCUCGGCCCGCAAAACGACCUGGCCGUGGUGCGGCUGGCGGCGCCCGUCGAGGCCACGUUCGCCGUACAGCCCAUCUGCCUGCCACCGGCCGGCGCCGACCACCUGGGACGGGACGUGGCCGUGGCCGGCUGGGGCCUGCUCGAGUUCGGCGGCCGCACGCCCGACAUACUGCAGGAGGCGCCGCUGCGCGUCACCGACCCGGCCGCCUGCGAGGCUGUCUAUCGGGACGUGCCGCAGUUCGACAGGCGCUUUCCGGCCGGCUUCCAGGGCACGGUGGUGUGCGCCGAGAGCCGGGACGCCGAGCCGCGCGACGCGUGCCGCGGCGACUCGGGCGGCCCGCUGAUGGCGCUCUCCGACGGCUCGUACCAGCUGGUGGGCGUGGUGUCUGGCGGCCUGGGCUGCGGCAACCCCCAGUUCCCCGGUGUCUACACCAAGGUGGCCGCCUACCGGGACUGGAUCGUCGAGCAGCUCACGUAGAGCCGACCCGGGUGACAUGCUCAGUGAUCACCAAUCAAGACAGAGGCAGCGAUUCGAAUGGUCAUGUUUAUGCGUAGGGGAGA